AUGCCUGGAAGCUCCAGUGAAAGUAGUGCCUACGGUGCUCAAAGCUCCGUCGCCACCACCGAUGACAUUGAGCUCGCGAUACACCUUCCUUUACCGCCGUCCUUGUCGACACCAGCUGCAUCAUCCUUACGGUCAGUGCCUCAUGAAGAGCGUGGAAGAGCUCUCAGGCCCGUCGACAAAGGCUUCGGCGCUUGGUCCUUUCUUGCAGCGGCCUUCAUCGUACAGACCGUUGUUUGGGCCUUUCCCAACACCUACGGGGUCUUCCUCUCCGCCUAUCUAAACGACUCCAGAUUUGUAUCACAACCUCAUGCGCAUUCCAUACUGCCAUUGGUUGGCACGUUGUCAAGUGGGAUUAUAUACUGUUCCAGCCCCUUCUGGGAUGCAAUCUUGCGUCGUUAUCCCCGGCAACGGCGCCCUGCAAUGUGGUUGGGCGCAUUCAUGUGUUUUGCCAGCCUCCUCGGUGCCAGUUAUGCGACUACGAUCAUCGGACUGGUGACAUUGCAGGGCGUAAUCUACGCGCUAGGAGCAUCUCUGAUAUGGCAGCCGGCUCUCUCCUACCUCAGCGAAUGGUUCGUCGAACGUCGUGGGAUGGCGAACGGUGCCAUGUUCGCGGGUACAGCUUUGGGAGGUCUAUUCCUGCCGCUGAUAUUGCCGCCGCUCAUCACAUCCUAUGGAUCAGCUGUGACCCUGCGGUACUUGCCGCGUCUUCCGGAGAGCCGUGUACAAGGCCCUUCAAGGCGUGAAGAGAGUCAAGCCUGGAUGAAGGACUGGCGGUUCUGGGCGUUGCUCUUGAUCAACACUUUGCAGGGACUCGCCUACUUUGUGCCGCUCGUAUAUCUUCCUACAUUCACAUCAUCAUUGAACUCCUCAACUCUUGUUUCUGCCUUACCCAUCGCGUUAUUGAACGGUGCUGCUGUAUUCGGGCGCGUCGGCCUGGGAGUACUAUCUGACAAAUUCUCCCCCUGGCUUCUCGCCAUCUACGCUCUUCUGCUCUCAUCAAUCUCCACAUUCAUGCUGUGGGGUUUUGGAGGUGGUGCCACUGCAGGCGUGAUCGUCUUUGGUAGCGCCUACGGGCUCGUCGCUGGAGGUUGGACGUCUCUUUGGAAUGGCUUCGUGAAACCAUUAUCUAAAGGGGAUCGCACCAAUGCUACUACGUUAUAUAGCAUCCUCCUUUUCUCACGAGGCUUAGGAAACGUGAUAUCCACACCCAUCUCCAACGCUCUGGCGGCAGAGCCCGUCCCAGGUACUCUUCGCGUGCACACCGGCUUCGACGUAGACGGUGGUCGAUACGGGUCGAUGAUCCUCUACGUAGGGUCCUGCUUCGCAGCAGCAUCCGUGCUCACUACUGCGGGCUUUGUCUGCGAGCGCAUCAUGGCCAAGCGGUCAAGCUGA